AUGGAUGCUCUUCUUCAGCGCGACCCGGAGACGACUCUUGACUGGAGCCUUUCCGAAGGGAUUGCCGCCGUGCAGCUGCGCAACAACGUGGCGGACCUCUCGAAUGCAAUUUGCAAACAGUAUUUGGAUAACCUUGCGUCUCACGUCAAGAAGGGGCAUGAGGAACCACCUUCUGACGCCGAACUUGACCGCAUCCAGCGAGCACUAUAUCGAUUUGAGACAUACUGCAACAUUUUCCCACCUUUAGGUGCGUAUACAUGGCCAGCGGACGAUGUGAGAGAGGAAUGGACCACGUUCUUCGAAUCCUCUCCGUCCUGGGAAAUUGAACAAAUUGGAAGCGUGCAUGAAUCGCUUUUCCGCCUCGUUGCACCUGUCUUUAACGAUUGCGCCUUGCACGACAUAUCAUGGGGCUGGGACGAAGUGAGAUACGCUUACGAUUACGAAGAUGGUCGCGUUGAGUGGGUAUUGUCUCGUGGCCUGGUGCACGUCAACAGGGUUUUGCAUGCCACAAGCUUCCACGAGCGGUGGCUGCUCUUCGGCGGUCGCAAAGUUCUGGAGCACGACUGCAACUGGCUCUAUCAAACUUUCGAGACGUACAAGAAUCUUUUCGUCGCGAAUCGAAUAGGCUGGAUGUCUAGUAAGACACGACAUAUCAAAUCAGAAGAGACGGCCUUGGAAGAUUCCAUGUCUCCCGUCGAGAAGAUUUGGAAGUGGUCUCAUGGGGAAUUUUACCAGGACUCGGGCGACGGGAGAUAUCGGUAUGACAUGGCGAUGGAAGACCCUUUCAGGUCGCUGAGGGCAUGCGGGUAUGUUUUCUGGGAUGAGGAGAGAGUGAAGCGCAUUGGUUGGUUCGAUCAGAAUGUGGUUGACCUUGAACUUGACGUUGGAGAAGAAAUUUACAAGAAUUCGCCUUCUCUUCGACUAGAAAUACGGUCUUGGAUCAUUCGAUCCAACCUUUUUCAAGAAGGGAAAACGGGCUACUGGGAUGGAGACCCGGAAAACACAGCGAUUAAUCCUUCACAAGAAUGGAGGCUUGCGGAAGAUUGA